AUGCUCGCACAAGCUUUCAUUAUUUCUCUGCUGUUAUCCGCAUCCGAGGUUCUCAAGCGACAGUCAGAUCACUCUUGUUCCGGUGGACCCCAGUCAUGCCCAUGCACCAGCGCUAUCCAACAGGCGGCCCAGUCGUGUCUGAACUGUCUGGCCACCACUGAUGCUGCGGCAGCCGCUGGUGCAGGACUUGAAUUCAAUCCUGCAACCCUUGCUUCCCAGUUUAACAGCAACUGCGCUACAUCCUCUGUCAGCGUGACCAUCCCUCAGGGUGUCGCUACAGGAUCAGUCGGAGAACCCUCUGUUAGUGCUAGCGUUGCGUCAACCUCCUACGUUGCUUACAUUGUUUUCAUCUUGAUGUUUAUUCGACACUGA